GCCACGAUUGUUUAGGUGAUCACCGAAGCAAGCAAUUGAAGAUGGUGCACGCCGCGACGGCCGAGUGCUUCAGCAGCGUGUUCGCCUCAUUCGACCGCGACGCCGACGGCAGGAUCUCGGCGGCGAAGCUGCGGCUGUGCAUGAAGGCGACGUUGGGCGAGGACGUGUCGGCGGAGGACGCCGAGGCACUCGUGGCGUCGGCCGACGCCGACGGAUACCGGCUGCUGGACGAGCAGGAGUUCCUUCGGCUGGUGGCGCGGCCGGAGACGGAGGAGGAGGAGGGGCGGUGCAGGGGGCUGAGGGAGGCAUUCGCGAUGUACGAGGUGAAGGGCGAAGGGUGCAUUACGUCGUCGAGCCUGAUGCGGAUGCUCGCCAGGCUGGGGUCCGAACAGGGCAUCGAGGAGUGCCGCGCCAUGAUCCGCAUGUUUGAUUUGAAUGAAGACAAAGUGGUUUGCUUCGACGAGUUCAAGGUUAUGAUGGAUGUGUAG